AUUUUUAGUGUGAAUACCGCGUUAGACCUAUUUGGUGUUUGACAACACGCUGCAAUCGCUUCUGUCGAUUACUUUUUAGUAAUGAAAGACCUUUAACCUACUAAAAUCAUUGUCACAAUUUUCAUUGGUAGUACGUAAAAUUGUAAAUACAAAAGAAUUGAACACAGGAAUAUGAGAAUAAUCGAAACGAAACGGCACGUCUAAAAGUAUACACAAUUCGCAGGUUGAUGUACAAUAUUGUAACAUUCAGUGCAUAGCGACAUCCAGUGAAGUAAAUAAAUAAACUAUUCGAACAAGAUGGAAUCCAAAGUUGGUGCAGAUCCCAACUCGGCCUACGACAAGGAAAUCGGCAAUAAUCUAAACAACGAUGAUUCCUCAUUUCUGGGCAACAUACUGCGCGAAAUCCUGUACAGUCCAAUGAACCUCGCUCUUCUGGCCAUCAUCUGUUUCCUGGUCUAUAAAAUCGUUCGGGAUCGCACCGAAGUUCCAUCCGUUGGCGUUGCAAAGCCAUCCGAACCGGAGUUACCCAAACUUCGCCGCGAUUUCACCGUAAAGGAGCUUCGCCAGUACGAUGGAAAUCAGCCGGAUGGCCGCGUUUUGAUUGCCGUCAAUGGAAUCGUUUACGAUGUUAGCAAAGGAAGGCGUUUUUACGGUCCAGGUGGGCCAUACGCAACCUUUGCGGGAAGAGAUGCCUCCCGGAACUUGGCCAGUUUUAGCGUGGAUUUAAUCGACAAGGAUGAAUACGAUGACCUGAGCGAUUUAAGUCCCAUGGAAAUGGACUCUGUGCGCGAAUGGGAAAUGCAGUUCAAGGAAAAAUAUGAGCUUGUUGGCAAGCUUUUGCGCAAGGGCGAGGAACCAACCAACUACGACGAUGAUGAGGACGAGGAGAAUGUUAACAAUGAUGAACAAGAGCGAAAGAACCUACCCAAGUCGAAAACUGAGACUGAUGACACCAAACAAGAAAGUCACAUUUUGCAAGGCAAUGCAACAAAGAGAAACAACGCACAAGAUCAGCCCACUUCUUCUACCGACUGUUAGCGAAAUCGGGUUUAUUGUUUUGCUUUUGGAUGUGGCUGUAAUAGUUUAUUUUCGGUUAGAAACACAACAAAACUAAAUAGCAUUUCCGACUCUUUUGAUGCUGCCUCUGCUCCUUGAAACCCGAGAACAAGACCUAUUUGGAAAACAUUUAAAGAACACGCCCCAAUUUGAACCAUACAAAUCAAGGCAUUAAAUUUAUCAUGAACAUUUCAGAAGAAUUUAAAACAGAUGCAAUCGUUUUUGAAUGUUAUUCUUAGAGUGCAGCCUUGACAAAAGCUAUAGUUGUUACUAUAAUUCACGUUGUGAUGUGAUCUUGUUCCAUAUAUUAUAGUCGUAUAUUCAUACAAAUGUAACAAACGGAAAUCAUAAAAUUAUUUAAGGAGGAGGCCAAUGUGUGAGGGUAUGGGAGUCAUUUUCGUGGCAAUAUAAAUUUAAAUGUAACUAUAUUUGAAAUACAAAUUAAAUACUUAAA